AUGAAUAUGCAUUCGAUAACGAGAGAUCCUCCUACUAUGGCGGAGCCUCCAUACCAUUCAUGUGGGAGUCAAGGCCAGGCACACCCAAAAAGCACCUCUGCUCUAAUUCCUCUCUUCCUCCGCCCCUCACCCCACCUCCGUCUUAUUACUCCUCCGAGAUUUUUUCGACACCAAAGAGACAAAGCAAGCGAUCUCAGGAGGAGCAGUCACGGUAGCAAGAAGACAACCAGCUCAUCAUUUUCUUCGUCUUCUUCAUCUUCCUUUUCCUCCUCGCCACCACAUUCUUUGAAAAAACGAGCGACUCAUGACAAAAAGUCGCCACUUCUGUACGCUAACUACGAAGAGAAUGAGCUUAUCUCAUCGCCAACCUCGACUCUGUGUUACUCCAAUGGUGGAAGGAUAAAAUGUAGCUCUUCAAUGGGGAAUCUGAAGAGAGUUCUGUUCUCCGGAUCAAUGGAGAAUCUGAAGAGACAUGGAACCACUGGUAAAGCUCUCACAAUCAGCGACAUGAAUAAAGCUUGAUUAUGUGAAUUACUGAAUCUAUGCUCUGUUGUUCAUUAUUCGUUUUAUGAGCUGCUAUGUCUCAUUCAUUAUAGUUCUUGCUGUGUGAAUGUAACUGUUUUACGUAUAUGUAUAUAGUCGUGGCCUACUGGCCUUACUGUGGACAAGGUUUUUGUCAAUUCAUGUUUAUCUUGAACCAAGAACUUUCUCCCA